AUGAUCAAUGAGGCCUAUGAGGGGCGUACGUGCACCCAAGAAUUCCUCCUUCAAGAAAUGACUCAGAGAAUAAGAGAACGUGAAGUGGCGUCUGGAUGGUACAGUUUUGCUAGACUUCGGUAUGCAGCCUUGAUCUCAGCUUGGGAUGCAGUUUGGUCGACCCCGAGGAUUUCGUAUAGUGUAUUUUUCGAUGACUCUGCUUUCACUGAAUCUGGACAGACAGUGGCUGCAGAUGCUGUGACUCCGACAGCCCGAGUUGGAGGUUUAACCCCUGGACUAAAAUGGCUGGAAGAGGAAUGGCAGAGGGAGGUUUUAGGAGGUAAGAAGGUGCUUCCUAGCAUUGUUUUGUAUAGCUUGAAACAAAAAGGAGAAGCUUGA